GAGACUCGAUUCGAACGGACGGAAUGCCAAAUAUAUUUUCGGCUCACAUCCCGACAACACAAAUUUCAAUCCAACAGUUUUACAGUUUUCAUUUUCUCAUCUCACAGAUUGCCAACAGUGAUCAAAUAGAGAAAUGCCGCGAAUACAAGUCAUCCCUAGGAGGCAAGAUUAUGGCAAAGAUCUUGUCGAAAUAUACAGACCCAAGAAGUUCGUGGCUGAAUCCUUGACUUCAGUUUAUGCCAGUCGAACUACUGUAGCACCCAAUGGGCACAUUCGCACUGAUGCUGUUAAGGGGAUCGAGGAUCGUCACUUGAAAGCCGCACCUGAUUUGCCCAGCCUCCAGGAACGCAGCUCCAAGUCGAACAGCAAGAAUCUAUAUAAUCUCUCCCUGCAGCUCAUGGAUACAGAGCAGACCUAUGAAAGCGACAGUUCAUGUGGAAGGAACAGGUUUCGACGCCAGGUCAAAGUUCAGGACCCUUUUAAAGAGAAUGCUCCGAAUAAUGUUAGGACUCAUAUGCGCGGUCGGGUGGACAGGAUCAAGUUAGGGAAUCCUUGUCAUGACAGAAGAAGAAGCCCCUCAAUGCUUCUUAUGGACGGCUCCAGGAAACAAAAGAGAAACAAGGAUUAUGCUAAAAAAGUAGUUGGACCACUAAACUCGAAACCUUAUCGCAAGUUGCAUCGAAGGAUUCCACAGAGCCUUCAAACUCUUUGUUCCCGGCCCAUUAUCACAGCACCAAAAUCCUCUCGAGCACAAGACACCGUCCAAAAGACGGCGGUCAACACACUGAAGGCUGAGGUUCAGCCACAUGUGGUAGAAUCCGAUUUAGAGUCCUUCAGAUACUCGGAAAACCCAAAAGAAACCCUAAGGGCAAUCUUCCAAAAAGCAGCUCGCAAUAAUCGCAUGUUAAAGCCGGCAGCUUUGGUCAAAAAGGACCCAAAGGAUUCCAGGGAUAUUAUGGAAAAGGUGAAUAUAGAUGAGGUUCUUAAGGCCUGGGCUCUACAGAAGAUGCAAUUUAUACUGGAAUUAGUUGAUGCAAACCACACUUACAGCCUAAUCUUUCUACUGGUCACCGUGCUCUACUUGGUCUACAUCCUGUGGUACGAUGUUAGCAGCAGUGUCAAUGAGGAAAACCGAUAUCUGGCCAAGUUGCACGGCUCGGGCCUGCCGAUGAAGAGUUUCUACUAUGUGAUGCGUCUACUAAGAGCCCCCAUAUUUUAAUGGGCAAGCGAAAUUGAAGUUUUAAUCAAACAUUUUGCAUUUCAAUAACAGAACGGCGCACCGCUUUUAUUCCGUUCUUCUUCCAUGGUGAAAUAUUUAUUGUAAAAUAUUUAUACACGGAUAUUUUUGCUGUUUUUGGUCCACAACAAAGUGUUGAAUAGGACUCGCGCUCCAACGCCUCUUCCGCGGUGCCACGCCCCUCAUUUCCCACCUGUCCCACCUGGUGCCGGGCCACCAAAUGAAAAACAAAUAUUAAGCUUUGUUGUUUUGGCAAAAUAGAACAGAAAACCCAUAAGCACACAUACAGCACGCACACGUAGAGUGCGCGGAAAUUGUAAAGUGUUAAAAAUAAUAAAUUAUUUCUGUUAUUCUAA